UUCCAUUGUAAACAAGUGGGGAAAAGGCAUUGUGAACUCUAUGAGUCUAAUGGUUCAAACACAGAUGAAGAUGGAUGGAUGACAGCCUAUAAUUACUGUAUUCUUGAUCCACCCACCUCUUGGCACCGUGGCAAUCCAGGAUAAGAACGUAGUGAGGAUCGUGCAGUGCAGAGGCCUUCCUCUUUGUUUAACAAGAAGUACACCUGCUGUAGAGUGACGUAGCCUCAAUCCACACCGAUUGUGGCGGACCGUGAAUUAGCACUCCCUCCAGUUCACCCACUGAUUGUAAAAGAACAAGAAACAACAUGCACUUCAGCACUCAUUCUGUUAAAGAGUUAAAGAUGUGUUACCUUUGCACUAGAUGGGUAUGACGGAUGUGCAGUCACAGUCCGUACUACUGACCUCCCAGUCAGAUGUGUUCCUCGCUGUUUGCAGUGUGGGCAUCGACUCCCUGGGCGUAGCUCUGAAAUUUUUCACUCAGACCCAAUGGACAGCAGUCUCAAAGAUGAGCUGCCAAACAACUAAAUGCAUAGCAUUCGCAAUAGCAUACCUUGAAAGUACAACAUGCAUCCCAUCUAAGAUUUUCGACGGGUGCAUCAGGUGCUCCUGCCAAGCAUUCAUCCAAAGAACAAGCUACUGUACAUUUGAGUAAACAAAUCCAUUCAACCCUCUUCAUAACACAACCCCCUUAAGACGGGAAAAAAAUGUGGGAAAACAUCCCCCAUUUGCUCUAGCUUCUCGUAAUGAUGCUUCCUCAGCCUUUGCCCUCAGUUUACCUAGCAGUCUUGGAAGAAGUGCUCUGAAGCUGGAGCGCCAAAUGGUAGCUGGCUAUGACAAGUGAUGAAGAAUCCCUGGAUGGGAGACUUCACGCAAAUUCAGUAGCCCUGAAAACCUCCAACUAACAAGAGCAAUGUGUAAAUGAAUACAAUUCAUUAUCAUCGCAUUUCCUUGAAAAUAGGGCUCACAUUUUUGCUAUGCAUGAAAAAAGAUCCUGUGCAGGAGUGUGUUUGCCCUUCUGUUUACUUUACAUGCUGCCAUGUGGCCAUUGGUGCCCAUGAUGGUUUAAGCAGGCACAGGGACAACAGCGGAGGGGGAUGUGAAUGUCAUAAAUAGGUGUCAAAAAACAGGAGUAACCAUUUGUUUUACCCUCCCACAUCAUUGAAGUCACAGGAAGAAAAUCUAUAGUGACAUUGAGCUAGAUAACAUAUUUGAUUUACGCUUAUCUUGUGUUUAUAAAUGUGUCAUAAAACAAAUACUGGACAUAAUCGAUGAAUGUUGUCACUUUCUCUGUUCCAUCAGUGAGAAAUACUUAAUGAAUGCCUAUUCACAAUUGUUUAUUCAAUAAAGGGGGCAAACAAAGCUGGACCAAAGUCCAUCCUGACAAUUCAAGUGCACAAAUGACCAAGUGAAAGCAGCGGCAGACCAUGUCAGCAGGGAGGCACUUUCUGUCGAAUGAAAAAGCUUUAUCAGACCUUUACUUGAAAGAUUUGCAAGGUAUUUAUUUUCUGUUAUCACAUUUUGUAGAUGAAAUAUGACUUCAGGAUGAUUGCCAAAUGAUAAGAAUGCACCACAUCAACGGUACCCAACCAUGCGUAGAAUGACAGUAUGCCAUUCAGGUAUAAGGUGGAGAAGUUGGGGAUGGUGCAAAUCCACCGCAAGGACCUUUUCCUCCAAACAUGCACUGAAGCCCAUGUUACCCGCCCUCUGUGUGGUGCUUUUCUUUUUGUAUGGCUUGGUCAACAAACUCCGCUCUUUUGUGGCUGGCAUCUUCCUCCCCCAGUACCACUACCCUUACGUGGUGGCCCUCUGCUUUGGCCAGGUACUGCUGUCUCUUUUCUUCCUCAAUCUCUUCCACAUCCUUGGACUGGCGCCACUGAGGCCAUACAAUCGACCACUGGCAGAGCGUGUCCUGGUACCGGCCAUUUGCAGCAGUGUCCAUGCUGUACUGACCAUGUGGGCUGAGGCCAGCGGUUCGUACGCAGGCCUCUCUCCACUUUCCUUGCCACUGCUGCCCGUCAUCACAGUGGGCCUAAGCUUUGUGCUGAAAGUGACAGCAUUACCCUCUGCCCACUCCUUUGUCCUUCUGUCGAUUCUGACGGGGUCGUCUCUGGUCUUCACAGCCUCUUGUGGUAUAUCAGUUAUGGAACCUCUGGAAUACGUUUAUACACCUCUGGCCGUCAUCCUCCUCAGCCUCUCCCUGACAUGGUUGGCCAAAGCGUAUGAAGCCGAGCAUCGCUGCCUCACUGCUGACAACCAGUCUUCCGUUUUGGACGUCUACUACAAUUUGGUAGUAAACCAGUGCUGGCUGCUGGGCCUCCUGUGGACACUGCAUCCUGACAGCCCCCUGUUGGUACUGAGUCGGGGCAGCUGGCACAGCCUGCUCUUCCACGGUUAUCUGCUCGCCAUUCUGCUGCUGGGGAUGCUUCUAGACUUCGCCAUUGUUAUGUCGGCGCUGUCCAUUUCACCACUGGCUGCUGCACUGUUACACUCAGCUAGAGAACUGGUGCACCCCUUUGUACAUAUGCUGGGGUUUUAGAAUGAGAUUUUAUUUAAUAUUUAUUACCUUAGUCAGUAAAAUGAAUUCCAACAUUUUUUUUUUUCUACCUUGGCUGGAAGUUUACCAGACUUUAUCCAUCUCUGUUACAUCUCAACAACAGUACACGAAACAUCGACACUAUGCAAAAUAAAAUAUAACAGUACGCAACUGUGCAGCAUGCAUCAUAUUUAGCAGUUCAGAAUCAAAAUUUAUGUACCAACAAAGGACGGGAAAAAAAUCUUACGAUACACAAGAUAUUCUGAUUACAGUAUGUAUUGUGUGAAGGUGUGUUUUGCACAAAAUUGUCUGUGACAAUGUUUUAAAUUCUGAUUGCACUCAGAUUAGCUGGAGAUAGCAAUAUAAAAGAACCUAUACCACUAAUCUGAAAAUUACAACAGAUUUUUUUUUAGCAUCCACAUGUACUGGAAGUCGUGCAGCUCAUAGAAGCACCACAAAAUAAGAGAUUUAGCUGGUAGGGAUAAAUUAAUACAACUUAUGGAACAAAUUUAAGCAUUUUUGCUUUAUAGUGGUCAGUAGCACAACCACAGAUGCAACAUUCUUAAAACACUUUCUUGAAUACUACUUUAUUGUGUUCUUUCAAAAGGCAAAAAAAUAUAUAUAUUUUAUUACAGUACUUCCGAACAAAUCCAUAUUAUAUCUACAAUGCUACACAGUUUUUUCAUUAAAAACAACCUCAUUUGACCAGUGUAUUUAUUCAUUACAACUAAUAAAUUUCACAUAAUUUUAUAUAUACAAUGCAGAUACUGAAUAUCCAUUUGGCAAAAUAUCAUGAUUCCUAUUACUUGCCUUUCUUCCUGUGUAAUGAAAGUUUCAUCACUAACUAGGAGGUCGCUGCCAGCUAGGAGCGAUCCGAGUUUAGAGGGAGGUGUAUUCCUAUACUCUGCAACAAAUUGGAGGCAGGUCCAGCCAGGCCUUCUUGGGAACUGAGAGACUCCAAUAGAUUGGUGACCAGGUUGAGGUCGACGUCAAGAGGCUGAAUCUGGUCCGCAUCCCCGGCUGCUGUGGCUGGGCUCGGUGAGCCCUCUUUGCCGGGUGGACGGACGGAUGACGAUGUCUGUGGAGAGCACAUGAGGUUUUCACAUUCAGCGGUUUGUCCAGUUACUUUUGCAGCAUCCUGUCUACAUCUGUUUGUCAGUCCAAAGAAACUUUAACUUUCUAAAACUUUAUUGUUGAAUAAGAAAGAAUUGGAGCUCCGUAACGAACUGUACCCAACUACACAUCCCUCCCGUUUCGAACAAUAGUUAGGAAGCAUAGUUCCCCAUGCUGCUCAUUAUUUUCAGAGGUGAUAAAUAUAAGAGCCUGUUCUUACCAUCUGAUUGAAGCUCUGUCCGAUAUUUGUGUUCGUCAGCUCCUGGUCCAUCUGGUCCAUGUAUCCUUUCAGAGUGUCCAAAGCCUCCAUCCCAUUCAUCUUCAUGUGAGCAGAAGAUUCCUCUUCUAUCUCAUCAUCAUCGUCAUCCCCAACCUCUUCCCACUCAUCUUCACAAAUAUCAUCUGAAUCGAGUGAAUCUUCCUCAUUUGUGUCUGAAGGAAAAAUUGGAUGAUUGAAGUAAAGUAAUAAACAGGCAAUUUCAAACAUCAACACACCUAAUAUUCGUUCCAGUUCACUUAUAAGUGUUGCUGUAUCAUAGGUGAAAGGAUUAUUGCUUGAACAGUUCCUGUAAUAAAAGAGAAGCAAGUAUUUAACUCACGAGCUCAGUGGCUCUGAAACCUUUUGAACCAGGCACCACCACAAAAACAGUUCUAAACUAUUCUGACCAUCAUUCAAAUGAGAGUUAAAAAUUAGGCAGUUUUUUUUCCUAAAAAUAUUUUCAAUAUUAUUGGAAAAUGUACUUCAAUCAGUUUGAAGAUGACCACUAUUCUUCAAUACAUAGGAAAGUAACACUCGUACUUAAAAUCAAUUGAAUUUAAAUGUAUUAAACAUUAAAUAUUAAUAAAAAUAACUGCUGAAAAACAGUUCUUAAAGAGUGUAUGCUAACUAUGGUAAUAAUAAGUUAAUUUACAAUUUACAAUGACUACAUUAGCAGACAGUAAGUUAGAAGCAGGUCUCACCACGGCAACUCUGCCCCCAUGUAGGAUGACUUGGUAUUGAGGAACUCCUUCAUUUUCUCACUGACCCCCGCAAGACUGCAAGCAGCUUCCUCUACUUUCUCGCUAUCCUCCGUCAACGUACACCCAGCAGCUUCCUCCGCAGGCCUGACGGUCUGAGGGUGUUUGAUAGUUAUAAUGUCUGGAGCUGAUCCGGAUCUUUCCUCAAGCAUGCGCUCCAGAUCCUGAGCGGUGACGUCAAGCCAGUUGUCAUCUGGAGAUGACCACGAAGGAACAUGUUAAAAUGGCAUCUCAAAUAAAAGUCACCUCCUUGGUGGAAACACCAUAGCGCUCCCCUCUGUUUUCUAGAUAGCAAAAGCUGGAUUACCCACAGGCAGGCAA